GCGCUGCGCGUAGCGCCGGAGCCGGAGGACAGCGUGCCGGAUACGCCGCGAUCCGCAGAGCCCGCAUGCCCCACGGCUGAUGCCUGACGCCGGUCGAACUUGAAGCCACAUUCAGCCCUCGGAGGAUCGGCGCAGUGGUUCCGCACGGCCGCCUCUUUGCUUGUCAUUUUGUUGCACAUAAAUCGGAGCGACUUGAAAAGCAGAAGAGAAAAGGAGGAGAGAGAGAGAGAGAGAGAGAGAGAGGAGACGCGGAAACAUCGCAUGUCAGUGCAUUUAGAAGUAACCAAAACGCUCGUUUCAUACAUCAGAGGAGCAACGCCGUCAGUGUGGAGCCGCUCGGAUCUGCGGUGCUUUCAAAGCGCUCCGGUUAGAACACGGUGCUUCGUUCUCAUCUCCGCCAGUGAUUUUCGGCAACUCGGCGCUUCACUAGUCAAUGUUUCAUGUGGAUUAAGAAAAAAGAAAGCUGGACUGAAAUAGAAGCGCAUUCAGAUGCGUCUACAGAAGUAAAGAUAAAGGUGGGAGAGUGAGAGAGUGAGAAGGAGGACUGGUGCGCUGAGAGCCCGGGGCUGGGGUCCUUUUUGGAGGAUAAGUGUGCAGAUCGGAAAGGAAAACAUCUGUUUUAGUGCCACUAGGAGAUAGGAGAGGGAGCUCUGCUCAACACCACAAGGGUGAGGAUCCCCAGCAAAGAUGGAUCUAUAUACCACACGGUCUGGAUUUCUAUUAGUUCUGUGUUUAAUGUCUACAGCGCACGGAAAUGAAGGCGGCGGGUGCGGUGGCCAGCUGGAUGCCAGCGAUGCCGGGUACAUCACCUCCCCCGGCUACCCCCUGGAGUACCCAGCCCACCAGAACUGCCUCUGGGUGAUCACGGCCCCUGAGCCCUCACAGCGGAUCGUUCUCAACUUCAACCCCCACUUCGAGCUGGAGAAGCUGGACUGCAGGUACGACUUCAUUGAGAUACGUGAUGGGAAUUCGGAGUCCGCUGACCUGCUGGGCAAGCACUGUAGCAACAUCGCCCCGCCCCCCAUCGUCUCCUCUGGGCCUGUGCUGCACAUCAAGUUUGUCUCCGACUACGCCCACCAGGGGGCGGGCUUCUCGCUGCGCUACGAGAUCCUGCGCACAGGUUCGGACUUCUGCUCUCGGAACUUCACCAGCCAGUCCGGCGUGAUUGAAUCGCCAGGGUUCCCCGACAAGUACCCCCACAACCUGGAGUGCAACUUCAUCAUCGUUGCCCCACCGCGCAUGGAUAUAAUCCUCACCUUCCUGACCUUUGACCUGGAAAACGAUCCCCUGAUAAUCGGCGAGUCGGACUGCAAGUACGACUGGCUGGAGUUGUGGGACGGCCUGCCGCAGGUGGGGCCAAUGAUCGGACGUUACUGUGGCACCAAGCCCCCGCCUGAGAUCCACUCCUCCACGGGCCUGCUGUCGCUCACCUUCCACACGGACAUGGCGGUGGCCAAGGAUGGCUUCUCGGCUCGAUACAACAUGACGCAAAAGCAAGUCAGCAACAGCUUCCACUGCAGCACACCUUUCGGCAUGGAGUCCAAGAAGAUCUCGGACGAGCAGAUCACCGCCUCUUCCUCCUACACGGAUGGCCGCUGGUCACCCCGCCAGGCGCGUCUCAACAAUGAUGACAACGCCUGGACGCCCAGCGAUGACAGCAACAAAGAGUACAUCCAGGUGGACCUGAACUUUCUGAAAGUGCUGACCGGCAUUGCCAGCCAGGGCGCCAUCUCCAAGCAGACACAGACCUCCUACUUUGUUACCACCUUCAAGCUGGAGGUCAGCACCAACGGCGAGGACUGGAUGAUGUAUCGCCACGGGAAAAACCACAAGAUCUUUCACGCCAACACGGACCCCACCGAGGUGGUCCUGAACCGCAUCCCACAGCCCGUUCUGGCCCGAUUCGUCCGCAUCCGGCCACAGAGCUGGCAGAACGGGAUUGCGCUACGCUUCGAGCUCUACGGCUGCCAAAUCACAGACGCCCCCUGCUCGGAGAUGCAGGGCAUGCUCUCUGGCCUGCUCCCCGAGGCGCAGAUCUCCGCCUCCUCCACGCGGGACCUCCACUGGAACCCCGGUGAGGCCCGGCUGGUGGGCAGCCGCUCCGGCUGGUUCCCGAGCUCCACCCAGCCACCGGCGGGACAGGAGUGGCUGCAGGUGGACCUGGGCUCCCCCCGCAGGGUGCAUGGCAUCAUCACGCAGGGGGCACGCGGCGGCGACGGCGGCUCGGGGGCAGAGAACCGGGCCUUCGUGCGGAAGUACCGGGUAGCCCAUAGUCUGACCGGCAGGGACUGGACCUUUGCCAUGGACACCAAGACCAGCCAGCCCAAGAUCUUCGAAGGGAACACCCACUACGACGCUCCGGAAGUGCGCCGCUUUGAGGAGAUUCCUGCCCAGUUUGUCCGCAUCUACCCUGAGAAGUGGUCCCCAGCGGGCAUCGGGAUGAGGAUGGAGGUGCUCGGCUGUGAGCUGCAAGAAACCACUUCACUGGCCAGCAGUAUCACGCCCACAUCACCCGUUCCCGCAGAGAGUGGCACGACACAGAGAGUAGUGUCUGCUCCGACCACCACCCCCUCCUCACUGGGCGACGUGUGUAACUUCGAGAGAGGCCUGUGCGGCUGGACCCACGACCCAUCGUCCGGCCUGAACUGGUCCCAGCGUGGUACCGGAGGCAGGGAUCCCCCUGCAGGCUCUGACGAAUCUGGGAGCUACCUGUCCGUGGAGGCCAGCCCCAAGACGGCCGGCCAGCGGGCCCGACUGCAGAGCCCCGAGGUGGGGCCCGAGCGUGGCCCCUUCUGCCUGCUCUUCUCCUAUCAGCUGCAGGGCGAGGGCGUGGGCAGCCUGCGCGUGCUGCUCCGUGCCGCCGACGGCGAUGAGACGCAGCUGUGGGUGCUGCAGGGAGACCAAGGACACGCUUGGAAACAGGGCCGAGUCACCCUGCCCCGCUCGCCCAGGCAAUACCAGGUCAUCAUGGAGGGAGCCCUAGACUACGCAAGCAGGGGUCACAUCUGGAUCGAUAACAUCCACAUGAGCUCCGGCACGCCCCUGGACGAGUGCAGCCAGCCGUUCGAGGCUUUCCCCCCCGACGUACCCGAGGGCCCCCUUGCCGACGGCAGUGAUCCCACAGUAGACACGGUGUCGGUCCAGCCCAUUCCCACCUACUGGUAUUACGUACUGGCCGGCGGUGCCGCCUUGCUCCUGCUGGGCUCGGCCGCCCUGGUCUUGGCGCUGUGCUGUCACCGCUACCGCGUCGCGGCCAAGAAGACCCAGCACUCGGUGGCCUAUCACAGCUCCCAGUUCGCCGGCGGCCCCGCCCACGGGCCGGUGCUGGAGCCCACGCUCACCGUUAGGCUAGAGAAGGCAGGUCGCUGCUCCUAGUGGCCGGCGAGUAGGCAGGAUGCUCGGCCCUGGGCACAGAGACCGUACCACUUCUCAGACUCUCUGCGGGGGUUUGCUUCUGGAUGCCACAUCCGAAAAGAAAAAAACAAACAAAAAAAAAACAUACUGAGAACUAUGUGAAAGAAGCUCAUGGCUGUGGAUAUGGCCUCUGGGAUGAUUUCGCAGGAAAGUCUGGAUGGAGGAAGGCUGCUUACCAAACGGCACCCUGCCCCCCCCUUUCGGUGCCAGACAGCUUUGUGCCAUUUCCCAGCGCACGGCGAGACGUUGGGACUCUCCCGAUGGGGUUCUCGUCUCGAGGCUGAGGUCCUCGUCGUGGUGGACUGUCCAUCGGCGUUGCGAUUAGCAUCUGGCUGGAAUGCUUCAAACGGAUCCACACAGAGUGUCCGAGCAGAGCAGGGCCGGACUGGAGGAGCCUUCAUGAUGCUCGGAGGACUGGUCACGCCCCCUGCCCGCCGCCACAUGAGCGGGUCUCCUGUGUGUCUGCCUGCGUGCAUGUGUGUGCGUGUCUUGGUUCCAGGAGGACUUGCUGCCCGAAUAAACAGAGUGCAGAUCCAGCCUGAUCCAGCCCCUCCCCCUCCAUCUCUCACUUCACUAGAAUCCCCGUGCGAUGGGGUGAGGGUGGAGGUGUGGUGCAUGAGCAUAUCCGAUCAAGCUUGUGGUUAAGAACAAUCUUGCGCCACGAUUGGCUGUCCUGCACCUCCUCAGUGUGACACCGGUGCCACCGCCCUGUGACUGUCACUUCCGGAGAUCUGGGGGCGCGUGAGCGCGAGGCUGGGACCGUGUGCCUGAUCCUGCAUGCCUGCGGGGGGCUGUGUUUGUUCUCCGAUAUGCAAAGGAAGCCCUAACCUGCCUUAUUACGUCUGGUUGCCGGGGAGCCCUCACGUUACUUUGGCCUUAUCCCGCUGUUUCGGAGGGAGGGGGGAAUUUCUCCGCGCCUGUCAUUUUGUUUUUAAGUCUUUCCGCUGCUGCUUAUCUUGCUUUUUGGGAUCGCACAGGAAAAUGGAGGGCAGAUUUUACCGAAGUGUGUGGAUUUGCUCAGGUUAGGUCUGUGGUGCUUUUUGACAAGGCCUGACGUGGCUGUUGGUUGAUUCCCCGCCUGUAGGGGGCGAUUCAUCAGCAGCCAUCAACCGUGUGUAAACAGGGAAAGGGAGCGGCUUGGACUAUUAGAGUCACCGUGAUCACGACAAUGGAGGCUAUCUUUAAAGAUUAUUUCUUUAAUCUUAUUUAUGUUCUGUUAUACCGUGACUAACUUGCAUUAAUGUGUAAUAGCUGCUUCCGUUUGAGACGCCUAAGUGACAUUUUGAAAUCUCCGUCCCUUGUUAUUACUGUGUGAUUAUCAGUAUACGUUUUGGUUUAGUAGUGCAGUGCUGUAACUCGGAAACCACAGUGGGCGGGGCUGCUAUCAGUCACCGACUGGCCUCCCAUUGGAUCACGAAAGUGAUUGACAGUGCACUGCAGUCCCUCCCACCAUGGCUUCUGAAGGCUCAUUUCCCCCCAUCACUCGCAGUAAUUAAACUCCCUCGCCUGCCUCUUCUGGAAAUUGCACCUGAAAGACUGCAGUGCCAGGGUUGUGGGGAAAGGGCCCGUGUUUGCUAUGCUGUUUAUUCAUCAUCCGGCACACAGAAUAGCGGGCAGGAUUUUGCCUCAUUUAUAUAUUACUGUUCAGCCUUCUGCCGUUACUGUUUUAUUAGUUCAAGUGUGUUUCAAGAUUUUAGGAUUAUAACAAGUAUUUGAAUGUGUCUUUCAUUUUGGGGCUUUUGUGUAGAUUGAUGGAUCUCUCUCUGAGUGAAGGGAAGAUGUGCUACCUUUUCCCAGAAGGUCGUCAGACCAGAUUAUCUGCUUCACUCUGAAUGAUCCCAUUUCAACCGGGGUUCAGACUAACGGAAACACUGCACGCAUGAGAAGGGGUGACCGCGACCUGCCCGGCCCGGCCCGGCCCGGCCCGUCUGCUCCGGGCUCUGGGACUGCCGACAGUCUGUCGGGUUUCCAUGAACUCCAGUGUCCUCCCAGCCUGCUGCUGUUUUUUCUGGCGUGGCUCUGAGGCUCCCUGGCGGGUGCAGUGAGGUGGACCUGCUGGUCGCUUACUGAGAAUUGCUUUCUUUUCUGAAGAGCAGGAUGGAAGCACAGAAGCACAUAACAGCUGACUGUACCUCUCUGUCUCUCCCUUUCUUCUUCUCCAUUCCCCAUCCUCUCCCUCUCUCCUUCUCUCUCCCCCAUUCUCUCUGUCUCUCCUGCUCUCUCGUUCUUUAGAUCUCUCCAUCUCUCCCACCC